GAAGUUCAGAUAAAGCGGCAGUCACCUCAUAUAAAUGAAAUGCCCUCUCCGUUAUACUUGUCAAAUUAAAUUAUAUCGCUGGUGACGACAGUGAAUGUUCACCCGUUCGUGUUUUAAGGUGCCCCGAAAAGACGGGGAUGUUCGGUGACGGGAUAAAGGCGCCAGUGUGUCUCCGCUACACCGAUUUAUCGUGACUUCCUCCUGGAGUCAGUUUUACGUUACUCUCAUUCCUACAGCCGUUCUCAACUCAUGGAUCACUUCUGCGGCCUUACUGAAGACAUAACAGCGCCUUAGAGUUAAGUCUACACCAUUUAAAUCCAAGGGACAUAGCCUUAGUUCUAUACUAUCCACUUGCUACAACGAUGACAAAUGUUUUAGCAAGAUGGCCGUUAUUGACAUCAGAGUCGGUUUUUGUUGUUGACAUGUCUCGCGGACAGAGAAUGUUUCAAAGUUAAACUUCCAACAGCGCGAAAGCUUUGGAGGCAGUCCCCAACAAGUGUUUACAUCUCAGUACUCAGCGGUAAAACGAUCUAUCACACGCCCAUCAUCAGAGAAAAACUUAGCCGGUUAUAGGGAAUUCUUGGAACCGCUCUGGGUGAGUUCAGCUCCAGGAUUGUUUAUGGGCAACAGUAAAACCUUAUAUUGGGAAACCAUAUAUCAGUUCACAUGCGUUAAGUGUAAAUAAGGUAAAGACACCUACGCCGUACAAUGUUUUGGCCAAAGUUGCUGUGGUUCGUUUGCACCCUAAUAUUUUGUACGUUGGGUAACAAUGCCAACGCCAAAGAGAAGAAGACUUUGUCGAUCGACAAAAGCCGUACGAUUGAUUCCAUGAUGACGGGAUUGUUGGAUUGUGGAGAACAGGGUGCCAUCCCAGGCAUGGCCCUGUCUGUAGUCCACAAAGGGCGUGUCUUGUUAUCCCGGGGGUACGGAAUCACCGACAUGAAGCAUCCAAGACCCGUUACGGAGAAAACCCUGUUUGGCAUCGGACCAGUUACCCAAACUUUCACUUCAACUUUGCUGGCGAAACUUUUACAUGAGCAUCCUCGAUUUACCUUAACAACGCCUUUAAGCAAAGUUAUCCCAGGCAAAUUUCGUUUCCGUGACAAAGUGCGAACGUCUCAGGCCAGCUCGGAGGACCUUUUGGGCCAGAGGAUGGGGCUAGUGCGUCAUAAUUACAUGGUGUUCCAGGAUUUUAUCUCCAGAAAGCGGUUGAAAUUUAAGAUGCGCUACAUCAGAGGGGCCGGCAAAUUUCGGGAGAGUUACAUCACCAGCGACAUCAUGUACAGUUUGGCCGCCUACGUCACUGAGAAACUAUCGAAUGCCUCGUGGGAGGAGCUUGUUGCCAGGGAACUCUUUCGCCCACUUAAAAUGUCCAAAUCUACUUUCUUCAGUUCUCUUCGCCCUGACAACCGUAACUUAGCAACGGCGUAUUACCCGGACAGCAGUAAUGGACAGAGGGAACUGAGUCUGCGGUACUUCCAAGAGGCAACUAAACUAGGUGGGGCUCAGUCUAUAGUCAGUAACGCCGUUGACAUGGCCAAGUGGAUGCUCUUCCACCUAUCGAGUGGUCGGAACAAGAAGGGCAGGGUGGUGGUGCCCAGUGAUGUGCUGGAGAGGACGUACAUGCCUGUCCAGAAAAACUCUCCUUCGUCGCGGGAAUUCCGGCAACCGCACACCCCCGAAGAGUGGAGAGAUGACGGCAUUUCCCUAGGCUGGACAAAUGGUUCUUACCGAGAGUUCAACGUACUGUCGAGUACCAAGGCCCAUCUGUCAUUGGCGAGGGGCUAUGAAGCUCGAAUGACUUUGUACCCGUCUCAACAGCUUGGUAUCUUCACGGCUUUUACCGGAAAACAGUUGAGUUAUUCGGCUCAGUCGGCUCUUCAUGCCGCCAUUGCUGACAUCAUACUGGACCAAAAUACAUGGCUAAACACUUCCACCAUUUGUUCGUUUCCAGCCCCUUGGGUUUUGGUUCCAAAGGAAAUCAAGAGACCCCAACCUAACGAUCAACCCAGGCAGUCCAACCUGUAUAAGUCUUUCCACGGGGUUUACUAUAAUGAAAUAUACGGUAGAAUCAUUGUGUUCCAGAACACUACCAUUGGUGGACUUCAAAUGCAGUACGGGCCAAUCAGAAGUGCUCUACGGCCAAUGUCUUCAAAACCUGUUUUUCAUGCUCAGGGCGAAGGAGACUUUUGGUUAUUUAAAGUUACUGUUACCUUCCAUUUCAUUCCAGGGAAAGCAGCGUUUAUGACAAUUCCAGAAUUUGUUCCGAAUUCUCCAACCAAUCCGAUCCGCUUUAAACUGACUAACACCAAAAUUCCGAAUGAGUAUUUGCAAUCAGUGCAGACUAGCACGAGUUCAGCUCCUUCUGUGUCUAACGAAAGAAUUACACAAGGGGGGAAAACCCAGCCAACACAAACGCCUUCUGUUGGUUCAACACAAUUAACUACGGAAAGACUAUUAGUCACGGAAAGAUCAUCAACAGAAGAAGGGCAGACCGUUUCUACAUUAGGUACAAGUAAAGCCUCGGCGAUAACCUCUACUUCGGACAUUCCCAGAUCAGGCUCUAUGAGUUAUGCAACUCUGCCGGAAAUAACCAAAGAGUUUCCACACAAAGAUACAAGCGCAACUUCCUCAGAGAGCCUCUAUCCGGCUACAAGCAAAGUCACAUCCUUUUCAACAUCUGAAGUGUCCACUUCGGAACCAAUCACCCAAACCAUUCCACAAACUCAGUUUACCGAGUUUUCCUCAGAAUCGAGUUUACCACAGACCAGUUCGGUAUCUACGUCAUCGACUACGGACAGUGACGUAACGAAGUCGUCUCUGGGAUUGGAUGACGUUACUUCAUUGUCAGCUCAUGGAGUCGACACGGUGUCACCACCUACCAGUUACACGGACGAUAUCACCCAGUCAAGUGAAAGAAGCACUGAUAUCACGAAUUGGGCGUUAAACCCCGACGGGAUGACUGUGUCAUCGGCAAAAGAAGACGGUGUCAACUGGGCAUCGGCAGGCCUACCGCAUUCAACACCUGAGUAUAAAACAAGUGACGUCAAAAAUUCAAAAUCUAGCCCCAAAGAUAAAAAUGUUGUAAACACGCGAAAUAACGGCUGUGGAUCCAGAACAUUCACUCUAACUUCAAGUGUUGGGUGUAUCAUGAUUUACAUUAUAGUCAUUUAUGUCAAAUUGUGA